GGGAGCUAUAAGCACGCAGCCUAAACGCCAGAUUUAGUUCCUCGAACGCUGCUCUGCGCUUUUAUUCACCCUAUUCACGUCUGACAUUUUUUUAAAGAACAAAUGAUUUUUUUAACAGGCUAAAUAUCGUUUUUAUACUCGGUGUUUUUAAAAUUACAAAAAGGGGAUUAGAGAAGAAAUCCUGCCGCCAUCCGGGAUGCUGCUGAGUGCCAUGAUGAAGUUGGUGUUGCAGGACUGAUGCCUUCAUGAGGAGCUUCUUAUCCAGCCACUAAACAGAUUCUUCAGUCAUUUAUCACCGCAAAACCGUCGUUUAUUUUAUUACCAUACGCGGAAUUAUUUCCUUAUCGUUCUCUGUCUGCGAGCAGCCUGUUUAAAAACAGUGAAUCGACGCUUAAACGCGCUGCUUUUUCUCCCCAACGCAGCGACGUCUGUCACUUAUUAUGCUUCUGUUCACAAGGCAAACAAAGCGACUCGUCGGCCAGCAGAAGAGGCUGAGAUCAGGCUUCUAAUCAGAAACACAGGAAGGGGAACAACGGGAAACUUCUCAAAGUACGAUUAAAGCUUUAGGUGGUCCUCAGGACUAAUGGCUGCCAUCGAGACCAUUCCCAGUUACAGCCCUUCGAUAUGGGUGCAGAUGUGCCACGCUCUCCCUCGCUUCGAUCUGACCAUGCAGAUGCGAGACAACAUAUUCACGCCUGACAGCUGGGAAUACCAACAGACUCUCCUGGUUCUGUCUAGUGCUUCAGCCAUCGCUCUCAUCCUCUCGCUUCUUGUCGUCCUCUCGUUCCUUAUUCACUACUGCUGUUGUCACCGCGGUGAUGCAGGCAGGGACGAGGAAGAGGAAGAUGACGACGCCAGUGGUGGUCAUGGAUACGGUGGCAGGAAGGGGCGGCGCAUCUGUUGUGUCACAUGGGUGUCUGUGGCAGCAGUGACACUGUGCUGUGUUGCUAUAGGCUUUGGUUUCUACGGUAACAGUGAGGCGAAUGACGGGAUGUAUCAGUUGACCUCCUCUCUUCUCACUGCCAAUCACACACUGGCUUCCAUCGAUUUGCUGGUUUCAGACACCGUAACAGCUCUGCAGCAGUCCAUCUCAGGGCCCUUGACCUCGCUGGAGAAUGUGUUUGGAGGAAAUAAACCUGCUUUGGUGUCCACUCGGUCCUGCAGACGUCUCUCUGAGCGUGUGAUGUCCCUUCUCUCCUCGCUCACUCUAGGAAAAGGACUGAGCUCGGUCACUGUUAAUGCAAGUGAUGGCAUGGUGGGGGUUGUGACCCCAGUUCUUCCCUCCAUGCCCCAGGCUGUGACCUCGGGCUCACACGGCAGCCCUGCGCCCUUCACCCCAGGCUGGGCAGCGAGCACACUCAUGGUGAAUGAGGAUUACAGGUGGCUCUCCUAUGUACUCCUUCUCCUUUUGGAUCUGGUGGUGUGUCUCUUUAUUCUGCUAGGCUUGGCCAAACAGGCCCGGUGGCUCCUCAUCCUGAUGACCAUACUGGCCUGGUUGGCUCUGUUUUUGAGUUGGGGUUCUCUUGGCCUGGAGACAGCCACAGUAGUUGCACUCAGUGAUUUUUGCAUCGACCCAAACACAUUUGUUCUCAACUCCACACAUUUUAAUGCCGGGACAAGUACAGAAAUCCUGGAUUACUACUUGACCUGCAGCAGAAAAAUGACCAGCCCCUUCCAGCAGCUGCUGACCCAGUCUCAGAGAGCUUUGUCUAGCAUUCACUCCCACCUCUCCAGCUUAGAGAGAGAUGCUCUCCCACGCUUCCCCAAAGCAGACAAGCCUCUGAGGGAGGUGCAGCAGAUGCUCAACUCUACUGAGGGAAAUUUCCACCAGCUGGUGGCGCUGCUCAACUGCCGAAGCCUCAACAAGGACUACAUUGAUUCUCUGAAAGGUCUGUGCUAUGAUGGGAUGGAGGGAUUGCUUUAUCUUUCACUGUACUCAUUCCUCUCUGCUCUGGCUUUCACUGCCAUCCUUUGCUCCCUUCCUGGAGCCUGGAGGAGCUUUUCCAGAGACUCAGAGGAGUACGACGACUCGGACAGCGAGAGCGAGGACCCCUUCACUUCCCAUCAGGCACGUAGACAGACGGCCAGGGGGUCCCAGCGCGGGGCCUUGCCCCCCUUCUAUAGUUACCAGGGGGCUGGCUGGACUUCCCCCUUUUCUAGCGCACCUCCCUUGCCGACUCCAAACACUUCCUCCAAUGGCAACCCUGGUUAUGAGAGCCUGCCUCUGAGUGACAGGCAGUCCCCACCCCCCUCUUACUCUCCCAGCAUGCUGACAGGCUAUACGGGUAGUCAAUCACACCCCAACCCUGCCCAUUCAAGGAACCUGUACUCACGCUAAUUUGUAUGUAUAGUAUUAAAAGAAAUAAUAAUUAUAUAUAUAUAUACAAAAAUAUAUAUAUAUAUAUAGCAAAUGUUUAGUUUUAAUAUGGAUGGACAUUUUACUGAGAUAGUAAUUUAAGAGAUAUUGGAAUGCUAGAUGUGGGGGGAAAAAACCUGCAGGACGUCAGGACCAGUGCAAUUUUAAGAGGAAAGAACAAAACAAAAGUUUAGAUAUGUCUGAGUUGUGUAAGACAUGAUUUCCCCUUCAAUCUGUUCACUGUCUUAGUGACCGGAGACAGGAAAGCGAAUGGUACUGACGUUACCAGACUGAUGUUACUUUAUUACUCUAUUUUUAAAUGUAAUACUACUUUGUUUCGGAGGUUUUUAUAUUGUAUGCUAAGUCACAAACACAUGAGAAUAAUGGCACAAUUUUUCUGUAUGACUGCAUAAUGGGCGCUGGAUUAUUACUAUAUAUUUUUUUUUAUUUGACUUUAUACAUAUAUAGAUGGCAACUGUGUAUUAUCUAUCUUGUAUACCCUCUGAUACUAUAUAAAAUAGCAUAUUACUAUAUGAUAAAAAUAUACUGUAUAUUCACUGUACAUUCUGUAUGUGUGAAGGAUAAUGCACUUUGAUGCUCAGAAGUAAGGACAAUAUGAAAAUAACAAUAAUAAUGAGAGAGCUAUGGUGGCACCAACCUCUCAAGCUUGGUUACGUAUGGAAAUAAAUUUCCCGACAGCAUUGCAGCGAAACAACGUCUGCCAUUGGUUGCAGUGCAGUAGCCAUAAUGUACACAGCAAUAAUACUGUUUUCUUAAUGAUGAAGCACACGUCUGCAAAUUAGGGUUAAUGUUCUAAUAAUAACAUAGUAAUAACUUUACAGAGGUUCAGCAGAAUCUAUAUGCUCUAUAUGAUCUAUAUGCUCUGAUGCUAUAUAUGAUUUGGAAAAAACGAUCACUUCUUAGGAACAUCAUUUGGUUUCCUAAUAACAUAAUAAAAAUAUAAUAUAUAAAUAAGUAAGUUAUUAAUAACAGUUGUUUUCAGUUUUAAUUAGAUUGUCCAUCUAAUAUUGAUAGAAAACAGAAUUUAUUUGGCAUAUAGCCAUGAGAAAGUGAAUAUUUCUGCAAAAUUGUACAGAUGUGCCUAUUCUUAGUUUUACUUUCUACAACUAAUUAUAUUUUUUGAAGUAACACUAUGCAGAUUGUUCAUUGAAAUAAAAAAAAGAUCUGCAUUUUUUUGGCGUGAUAAUGUCAGUCCCAACCAGACAAAUUAACUUUUUUUUUUGUUGUUGUUGUUUUUUUUUAAUAACAUUAGAGGUUCUAGUGAAACGUUUUGUUCACAGAGGUUAGUGUUAAAUGUGACUAGAUGAAGUGUAUCCACCCUAAUUUGCAGGAUUGUUCUCUCACUUGAAACAAGUAAGAAACAAACACUGUGUGUUAUGUUUGUGUAUUUUGGGUGAUUCAGGGUCCUCUUGAGAUGUUCUGUGUGUAUGUAUACACAUAUAAAUAUACUCAAUCUGCCAUUGCAUUAAUCCUGCCCUUUCCUAUCCUACUCUUAUUAAUCCAAUAGCCCUGUGUUUCUAUGGUUUUAAUGCUCCUUUGAAUGGACUACUUUUUCACUACUGAGACUAAAUACAAAUAAAAAAAUAAAACUAACAAAUAUGGAAUAA